AAUUGCCAGAAAAUAAUACGCUUACGUUCGUUGAAUGCCAAAACGGAUCCUGCCGCGUUGGCGCGUGAAGUCGUAGACAAAUGUGAUCUCAUACACAAGUCCCAAUUGGCCGAUGUGGAGCAAAUAAUAUUCUAUCUGAAGAAUCGCAAGGAUAAUGCUGGUGCAGACAUUGCGGACAAUAACAGCCACCAUCGUUCGGCUGUGUCUGCAAAGCGCCCAACCACCGCCAAGCCAAAUCCCAGCUCUGCCGCUCUUUCGCCCGCUAAAACGCCGGCCAGCAAUGCUGAUGUGUCCAUCAAUAAUAUUGAUGAGUAUGUGGAGUUGUUGUAUGAGGAUUUAAGUGAACGAAUACGUGGUUCGGCUAUGAUUUUGCAAGUGGCACGUAAUCCAGAUAAUCUGGAGGAGCUGGAGAAAAAUGAGGCUUGCCUAUCCGCAUUGUCGCGUGUGCUGCGCGAAGAUUGGCGCAAAAGUUUAGAUUUAUCAACAAACAUUAUUUAUAUAUUCUUCUGUUUUUCAACCUACACAAAAUUUCAUCCCGUCAUUGUGCAAUACAAGAUUGGUUCCCUCUGCAUGGACGUCAUCGACUAUGAACUGCGCCGAUAUGAAAGCAUGCGCAAUGAAUUGGAUGUGCGAAAGAAUCCUGUCAGCUCAGCUCCACUUUCUGCUAAAUCCAGCAAAGAGAAAUUAAAUCGCAGCACUGAUGAUUUUCUUGAUAUAAUGAAUGAGGAAAAGCCAAAAGAGAUGGAACCACCACGUCGCCGCAUACCAGAGCUGAAGCAACGUCCCAAGUCGGGUAACUGGUCUAGUUUUCACGGCUCAAUGUCCUCCUCGUUGAUGAAGAGCCAAGUACUCAAUAGCAGCUACCAUGAAGCGCUCUCUGCUGGUGCUGCCACUCCCGACUCGGGCGUCUCGUCGAACGGCGAUAUGAAAGCAACCAGCAAUGAGGCGCUCGAUCGCAACGAUCCCAAGGUAAAGAAAGAGGAAAUCGAUCGCCUAAAUAAGCAGUUGAAGGUGUUUGCCAAGAAACAAGAACAACUACUCCGUGUCGCUUUUUAUUUGCUGCUGAACAUGGCCGAGAAUAUAAAAUUGGAGGAAAAAAUGCGCCGCAAGCAUAUUGUUAAGAUGCUCGUCAAGACUCUGGAUCGACAAAAUAUCGACUUGCUUAUGUUGGUGACUACAUUCCUGAAGAAGCUAUCAAUUGUGCGCGACAAUAAAGAUGAUAUGGGAGAGUUCAAUAUUAUCGCCAAGUUGCCACGACUUUUCCAGAGUGGACAUACUGAUCUGGCGCAGGUAACGUUGAAGCUCGUCUUUAAUUUGUCUUUUGAUGGGACAUUGCGGCGAAAAAUGGUCGGCGCUGGCUACCUACCAAAACUAGUGAUGUUCAUCAAUGAUGAAAAACAUCACGCCAUCGCCAUGAAGAUACUCUAUCACAUGAGCUUAGACGACUGGGUGAAAAGCUUAUUUACGCACACCGAAUGCGUGCAAAUGGCCACCGAUGCCAUCAUCUUAAAUUUAAACAACAAAGUUGAUCUUGAUCUCAUAGCACUAUGCAUCAAUCUGUCGCUGAACAAACGCAAUGCACAAAUUAUGCAAGUCUCAAACUACCGCCGCAGCGAGGACCUCGAUGAUCUUUUCAACAUGACAUCCAGUUCGAAAUCGCAAGCCUCCAGCCAAGGUGACAGCAACUUUAUGUUCAAGUCGAACAAAUCACUGGAUGCUGAAGGUCUACACGAGGAGUUGUUAAUGGCCUAAGCUGAGAAGCUUAGUAGCAGCCUAAAAUAGGAACACUACGUUCGUUGACGACUAAUGGGUUCAUAAAUAAAUCUAACGCUACUGUAGACAGCAAACAAAAAAUUAAAAUACAUAUUUUCCAUGUAUGUAUUUAUGUAUGUACUAUGUAUAUAUGUAUUGGCUAAUAGAUUACUCUUGGAACAAAUUGUUGAGUGUGGCAGUCCAGCAUUAUUUGCGUCACAACCUCUCAGCCCCAAUAUAUGUACAUUAGACUGCAUCACUCCCCAUGCAAAAAAAAAAAAUCCGUUCAAAAUUUUUUUUAAUU